GUGCUUUUAUUUUGACAGGUCACACCGGAAACGGCUGUAUAUACGGUAGCACACUUCACCUACUUCAGAAGUUAACUAUGGUACGUGGUAGGUAACCAACGGGUUUUCUUACGUAGUAACGUUAGUUAAGCUGUGAACUUUAAAAACACAAUAGGUGUUGGACAGACGAGCCGGGCAGACAUGAUGCUUCCUCGCAGGCAGGACUACGGGAUGAAGAGGACCGGAGGACCGCGCAGUGGCUCCGUUAUAAACUUUAGGACCACGGUAAUCCCGGGCUCCGUCCGCCGCAGUUCCGCAGUGUUGCCGUCCGUGCUAACGUUUCUGGUGAUCGUAGCAUCCGGAGGCCUGCUGCUCAUGAUAGAGAAAGGAAUGCUGAACAGCAUGGAGACGCCUCCACCCCGGGGGAGCGGCAAGCGGCUGGACUUCAUGCGGCAAGUUGGGAAGCACAGUCCGGGUGGUGUGGACGUGGACUCCCAGAUCCUCCAGGAGAUCCGUAACCGCACCAUCAGGACCAUGUGCAGCCAGAAGAACAUGCCCCACAGCAUUUGGUCCCUGAGCCCUGUGCAGAGGAAGACGCUGCUGCAGCACAUCCUGGUGAAUGACCAGUACCACUUCCUCUACUGCUACGUCCCCAAGGUGGCCUGCUCCAACUGGAAGAGGGUUCUGAAGGUUCUGAACGGAGCUCUGGAGAGCGUGGACGUCAACAUCAAGAUGGACCACCGCAGCGACCUGCUGUUUUUGUCCUCUCUAAAACCAGAUGAGAUCCGCUACCGCCUCAAGCACUACUACAAGUUCAUGUUUGUGCGGGAGCCCAUGGAGCGCCUGCUUUCUGCGUACAGGAACAAGUUUGGAGAGAUUGAGUCCUACCAGAAAAAAUACGGGGUAGAGAUCAUAAAGCGGUACAGAAAAGGCCACGCUAAGGAGUCAGCUGUAACGGGAGAUGAUGUGACAUUUGCAGAGUUCAUCCGUUACUUGCUGGAUGAGGAUGUGGAACGCAUGAAUGAGCACUGGAUGCCAAUGUACAACUUGUGCCAACCCUGCGCUGUGUCCUACGACUUCAUUGGCUCCUAUGAGCACCUUGAAAGUGAUUCGGAGUUUGUGCUCCAGCGCAUUGGAGCGCCUCCUCAUGUGCGCUUCCCAGAGAGGCAAACGUGGUACAAGCCGGUCACCACAGAGACACUGCACUAUUAUCUGUGCACCUUGCCACAGAAGCUACUGAGGGAACUCCUGCCCAAGUACAUUUUAGACUUCUCCCUCUUCACUUAUCCUCUCCCCAACACAACCACUGAGCACUGCCGACAUUAAAUGUGCAAUGUUUUAUAGUUUUUAGAUUAUUUUUGAUAGAGAAUCUUUUUUUUUUUUUUUUUUUUUACUAUUUUUAUUCCUAGGGAACAAACCGUAUUUUGAUAGCUGUUACACAUUGUUACUUGAGAUGUUGGAAUGCCAUCAAAAAAUGCUGAUUAUAGGAAGAGAUGCAGACUUGAAAACCACUAAAGCUUGAAAUCAGCUGAAGACAAAGACAAAAAUGUAAAUCACUGUCCAAUUUCAACAUGUUCCUUUCAUGCACUGUUACAGUAAAUGAACCAAUUCAGUAUAUAUUGAUAGAAAUGUAAAAACGGUUGCAAGACCAAACUUUGUAUUUUGCUUGUUUCUUCAUGUACAUAGUGGAGAUGGUUUAAAGGUCGAUAGUUUCUGUGGGCAUUCAGUGGUUUAGCAGGCUAAAACACAAACUCACAGGUUUGUGGGAUUUAAAUCAAGCUUGUGUCUCUUUGUUUCUUAUGUCGCAGCCUCUCCUCCCCAUCCGGCUCCCAUUUUUUUUCCUAUAACCAUGGACUAUUUAGCUCAUAAUAAAACAAAAGUUGAAGUUUUGUGAUGUACAUCACAGCAA